AUGCAUCCAUCAAAACAAAAUUCAUCUUUUGAUGAACAGCAAGAAUUUUCAUCAGAUAUUGAUAAUGUUAGAAUUGGAGUACGAACAAAUACUCCAUCAAGUAUAACUGGUAAUGGUUCAGACAAUGAUUCACCUGUUCGAAGUUAUGCACUUAUUGAAACUGAUCCUAAUGAACUUGAUCAUAUUAUUGAUAUACUUCGACAAUUUUUUCCUAAAACACGUAUUGUUGAAUGUAACAAUGCAUCAUCAAAUCCCAGUCGUACACCAAGUCGUUCAUCAUUAGCAACAGCACCACAACAACAAACAUCAACGGAAUCAAAUAGUAGUUUACGUGUUCCAACAUAUGUAACUAAUCGUUUUUGCACACAUAGUCGUAGUAUAUCAGAAAAAUCUUCAUUCGAAAGUGAUAUUUUACAAAAUUCAACAAUAACUACAUCAGAAAUUCCAAAUUUAAAUUCAAAUGACCAAUCGCCAUCAAAUUCAAGUUCACAAGCAUUUAAGGGUAAAGUAAAAGAUUAUUUACAACGUCGUUAUUUAGAACAAAUUAAUGAACAUCAAACACGUAAAGAAACAUUUAUAAAAUGUCGUAGUGAUGAUUUAAAUUAUCAUCAUAUAAAAAGAGAACCAUCAUCACAACUUGUUCAAAGUUGUGAACAUAUAUCAAAACCCAACGAUCACUAUCAUCAUCAUCAUCAUUAUCAUAAUACACUUUUAAAUUCUUCUUCAAUACCAUCAACAAUUCAUAAAUCAAAUACAACAGUAAAAGCUCAUUCAUUUGAUUCAUCAUCAGUAUUACUUCAACAUUCUGUAUCUGAUACAAAUUUAUGUUGUACAUUAAGUGCAUCAGAUACAGAUUUUAUUCAAUCACAAGAUGGAAAUAUUACACGUUCACAAAGUAAACGUGGUUUAUUACAACGUUGUGCAACCAUUGAUAUGGAAGAUACACCAGCAUCAAAUAUUGAUGAUGAACAUAUGACAUCAUUACCAACAUCACCAGUAACUGUUGAAAAACUUGAUGCAGGUAAAAUUACAUUUAGUAUUGAUCGACCUGAUGAUGAUGAUGAUAAUGAUGGUGAUCAAACAAAACCUUUAUCUAUUCAACCAAAUAUUCAACAUCAAGCGAAAACUCGUCCAUUUCGACAUUCAUAUUCUGAUCAACCAACAACUGAUGAGUCAGCAAAUAAAAAUAAUAACAAUUUAUUAGUACCUUAUAGACAUUCAUUUGAACAUCCUAAUGAAAAAAGAACAUUUUCAUCAGCUAUAACAACAAUGUCAUGUCAAAGUGGUGUACCUUUACCAGUUGCACCUUAUUCAGCAUCAAGUGAUCCUGGUCCAUAUCUUUCACCAUGGUCCAAUACACCAACAAAUCCAUAUGGUUUAAUGAAUUUUCAUUUUCCAAAAAGUCAAGAACAUGCUGUUACUAGUGCACAAGGUAGUAUGGCACAGUUAUCAACAUUAACAAAGUUUUUAUGUGAUGAACCAAGUCUCUUUACACCGAUUUCUCCAAGAUUUAAAACGGAAGUGCAAGAUUCUAAUGGUACUAGAAAUUCAUCAUCCGUACCAGCAUGUCAGAUUUGUCGGCAGGAAUUUGAAUCAAGGCAAACGUAUAUAGCUCAUUAUCGUGCACAUCUUGAAAGCUCAUGUGAAGAUGAUAAAUCAGGCAUACUUGAUUUCACACAAAUUGACAAUAAUGGUUUUCGAACUGGUGAAGCACGUAAUUAUUCAUGCAAAAUAUGUUCAAAACGUUUUUCCCGACAUUUACGAUUACAUUCAGGUAUUCGUCCGUAUCGUUGUACAAUGUGUAAUACACAUUUUUCUCGGAGUGAUCAUUUAUCGACACAUUUACGUACACAUACUGGUGAAAAACCUUAUGCAUGUCCUGAAUGUUCAUAUGCUGCUUGUCGACGAGAUAUGAUUACAAGACAUUUAAAAGUUCAUUUAAAACAACGACCUGAAAGAAAAAAUGCAACGUCAAGUUUAGGUUCAAGUAAUGAAUCAUAG